UCCGCACUUCUACAUAGGUACCUUUUCCGUUUGUAAGUGUAUUUAUUGCAGUAUGAGUAAUAUUAAUGAAGCUGAUUCUUGUUCAAAGCGUCUUGCUUGGGACAGGUUCAGUCACCAUGCAGACGGCAAGCCAGAUUGCGUUGGUGUUAUGCCUAGUUUUGGGCCUGCUCACUCAAAACUCGGCAGCUGAUGGCGAUCAAAAUUUGUCUGUCAUUGGACUUGAUCAUGAAAAAAUACCGGACCAAUCUCAACUAUAUGAGACAGGACAGACCAGUGCUAAGGGGCCCAGACAAAUGAAAGACGCCAUUUUGAAAUCAAAGUCAGAAGACCCAAAGAAAGAACCAGGAGAUGUCAUUACGGGCUGGCUCAAUGCUCGGUAUGGUACACAAAAUGGUACGGUAUGGUAAAUAAAUGAUAUAUAACGAUUUAAUGCUAGUUUAUGUGGCUAAAUAAUAAACAAGUACAUAUUCAUAUAAA